AUGGCUGCUUUCUUAACAGAUGAGGAACAUGGUAAAAAUUUAAAUGAAGCUUCUUUUUCCAGAAUUCGGAACUCAACAUGGAUGAAGAAACAAGCUUGGGGUCAGUUUUCUGGAGCUGCAGAUCACAUCAUUAUGCCAGAGUUAGGAGAUGCAGUUCUUCUCGGACAGCACAAUGUGGGACGAAUCCUUGCACUCCCAGAAGCCAACCUUGCACACAUUCAAAUGGAUACUGUUGCAGCGCCCAAUGGCUCUCUGGUGGUGCACAGAGGGAGACACAUAAAUGAACACUACUGUUAUGUGGAUCUGACCCUGCUGGAGUGGGAUGGGAGGUUGGGAUACUGGAAGCCCAAAGGAUCUUCUGGGGACAGAAUCACCCUCCAUGAUACAACCGACGAAGUUGAUACCAUAACCCCAGUCUGCUCAGUGGAAGUGAAAGAGGAUAGUGAUCCGAACCCAACAGUCCCUUUUAACAGUGACAGUGACCCAGCAGCGUUGACAUCCACAGAGAGAGCACUGGACCUGACUGCGGAAAAUGGAAUUGGGCCAGGACAGGAAAAACAGUCUUUAGGAAACUCCAUUGAACAAGCAGAGCAGGGGGCGAAAGACAGCUGUUUUCUCAUCAAUGACCUUAACAAGGUUACAGAGGACCAUGGGUUGCUGGAACAGAGGGACAGCAGGCCACCAAGCCCCAAGAAGAAGAUAAACUUCAACUACAAGGUGACUGUGAUUCCUGAUUCUGAAACAAACCCUUGUGUCCCUGGAAGGAGCAAGCAGUUGAGAGCAAAGAGUGCAAGAAGAAGGAUCCCUGGGAUUUUCCACAAAGUCCCUGGAAUGGACACUUCUUCAGCUGAUGAAGGGGAGAUCUCCUAUAGGCCAGAGAGUAGCUCCUCCUACCAGGCACGGUGCAUCGAAGCAUGGAGACAAGUCCCUCCAGGAACCCCCAUGGAAACAAGUUUUGUCUCAAAAGAUGACAGGUCCUGGUUGCACCACCAUGCUUCCAAAAGCACCCCACGCAUUAGAGGACUCUGCAGAUCGGCAACCAUCCAGUCCGCCAAUGAGUGGUUAGCCAGAGGCCAGCACAUUUCCUCCCAGCAUGCCUUGCCUAGACUGCCCAAGCCAGUCUAUCUCACCGGAUUGCUACAGGACACAGCAGAGGUCAGAAAGAAACUCUUCACCAGAUUCCAGCAGAGACGUUCCAACUUACUGAGGUCUCAGUCUCUGCUGUUGACACCCCAGCCACAACAAGACAGGUCCCACGGAAAGGUUCUGGAUUUUGGUUUCUCAGUGAAAACUGCGUCGCUGGAAUCGCUUCACUCCACCCACCUGAGAUGAAAGCAAGUUGCCUUUGCAAGACAAUUUUACUAAGACCCACGGGGGUGUUGUUUGCUUUAGUUUUAGAACCACACAGGUCCCGCUGGACAGCUGUUUUCACGGUUGCUGUGAUGCUUUUCAUCUACAAAUUCUGUACAAGGGAUUUUUUGUAAUAUAAAGUUUAUAUACAGUAUUUUAAAAAAUCUUAAUUUCUUAUUUUUAUUAUUAUUAUUUUGGGGACAUUCUCCUCUUAGUCUUAAAAGGGUCAUAUCAAGUGUGCAGAUAUUACUAGGAAGGAACUCAAUUAGAUUAUACACCUAGUUUACUGAUUAUCCUCAGGGAAUUAACAACUGGAUACAGUGAUGGUAAAUCCAAAAAACAAUGGUUAGUGCCAUUUAAGUUGUUCUAUUAUGGAGAUAAAGAGACCGCUUUAGUUAUGAAACGGUAUAAGAAAGGUGCAAUAUCUAAUCCUUAGGUUAACAUUUAGAGUCGUUCUCAGUAUUUGCAGUUUUCCAACAUGUAUUUUUUUAUACCUAAAG